AUGCUCGGGCGGCGCCACGUCCUGCCGUCGGUCUGCACCACCCUGCACGAGAUCCAGGUCGAGGGGACCUUCCCCAGCGGCACCUACCUGGUGACGGUGCACAACCCCAUCAGCACCGACGACGGCGACCUGCGCCGCGCCCUCUACGGCAGCUUUCUCCCCGUGCCGGACCAAUCGGCUUUCCCGCUCCCCGAGGCGGCCGCCUACGAGCGCAGCAAGCAGCCCGGCGCCGUGGUCGCCGUCAAGAACGGCACCGUCUCCAUCAACGAGGGCAGGAGGCGGAUCAAGCUCCGGGUGACCAGCAAGGGCGACAGGCCCGUCCAGGUCGGCAGCCACUACCACUUUAUCGAGACGAACCCGCAGCUCGAGUUCGACAGGGCGAGGGCGUACGGCUACCGCCUGGACAUCCCUGCGGGGACGUCGGUGCGCUUCGAGCCCGGCGACACCAAGACGGUCACGCUCGUGGAGAUUGGCGGCAACAAGGUCAUCUGCGGCGGCAACAACUUGGCCACAGGCAAGGUAGACUACAGCCGCGUAGACGACAUCAUAGCGAAGCUGCAACAGGCCGGGUUUGCUCAUGCGCCUGACCCCAUCGGCGACUACGGGCACAUCGAUGCCUUCCAGUUGGAGCGGACGGCAUACGUGACCAUGUUCGGCCCCACGACGGGCGACCUGGUGAGGCUCGGCAGCACUGACCUGUGGAUCAAGGUCGAGAAGGACCUCACGGUCUACGGAGACGAGUGCAAGUUCGGCGGCGGUAAGACUCUCCGCGAAGGAAUGGGACAGGCGACGGGCAGGCCCGACUCGGAGACCCUGGACAUGGUAGUGACCAAUGCUCUCAUCGUUGACUGGAUGGGCAUCUACAAGGCGGACAUCGGAGUCAAGCAGGGGAUGAUUGUGGGUAUCGGCAAGGCAGGCAACCCGGACGUGAUGGACGGCGUGUCCCCCAACAUGGUGGUGGGCAGCUGUACCGAUGUCGUAGCCGGAGAGGGCAAGAUCGUGACGGCCGGCGGCAUCGACACUCACAUCCACUACAUCUGCCCCCAGCAGGCCUACGAGGCCGUCGCAUCGGGCAUCACGACGAUGCUGGGCGGAGGCACUGGCCCAAGCGCCGGCACGUCUGCCACCACAUGCACCCCGGGCAAGCACUACAUGAAGCAGAUGCUGCAGGCCUGCGACGGCCUGCCCGUCAACAUCGGCGUGACGGGCAAGGGCAACGACAGCGCGCCGUCGGCGCUGCGCGAGCAGGUCAUCGCCGGCGCCUGCGGCCUCAAGCUGCACGAGGACUGGGGCUCGACGCCCGCCGCCAUCGACGCCUGCCUGUCGGUGUGCGACGAGCUCGACGUGCAGUGCCUGAUCCACACCGACACGCUCAACGAGUCGGGCUUCGUCGAGUCCACGCUCGCCGCCUUCGCGGGGCGCACCAUCCACACCUACCACACCGAGGGCGCGGGCGGCGGGCACGCGCCCGACAUCAUCCGCGCCGUCGAGCUGCCCAACGUGCUGCCCUCGAGCACGAACCCGACGCGGCCCUUCACGCUCAACACGCUCGACGAGCACCUCGACAUGCUCAUGGUCUGCCACCACCUCUCGCGCGACAUCCCCGAGGACGUGGCCUUUGCCGAGUCGCGCAUCCGCGCCGAGACCAUCGCCGCCGAGGACGUCCUGCACGACCUCGGCGCCAUCAGCAUGAUGAGCUCCGACAGCCAGGCCAUGGGCCGCUGCGGCGAGGUCGUCCUGCGCACCUGGAACACGGCCCACAAGAACCGCGUCCAGCGCGGGCCGCUGCCCGAGGACGCGGGCACGGGCGCCGACAACUUGCGCGUCCGCCGCUACGUCGCCAAGUACACGGUCAACCCGGCGCUGGCGCAGGGCAUGGCCCACCUCGUCGGCAGCGUCGAGCCGGGCCGCCUCGCCGACCUCGUCGUCUGGGACCCGGCCUGGUUCGGCACCAAGCCCAGCCACGUCAUCAAGAGCGGCAUGAUCGCGUGGUCGCAGAUGGGCGACCCCAACGCGUCCAUCCCCACGGUGCAGCCCGUCAUCGCGCGCCCCAUGUUCGCGCCCCUGGUGCCCGAGACGUCGGUCCUCUUCGUCAGCCAGGCCGCCAUCGAGCACGGCGUCGUGCAGUCCUACGGCCUGCGCAAGCGCGUCGAGCCCGUCAAGGGCUGCCGCACCGUGGGCAAGGCCGACAUGCGCCUCAACGACGCCAUGCCCAAGAUGCGCGUCGACCCGGAGCGGUACACGGUCGAGGCCGACGGCGAGGUGUGCACCGCCGAGCCGAGCGAGCAGCUACCGCUCACGCAGCAGUUCUUUGUGUAUUAG